AUGCCUUAUCAACAGCAAAAAGCUAAAGAAAGAAAAAAAGAAAAAAAGCAGAAUAAAAAAGUCAGUCUUUUAGACUUGGACAAUUACCUUUUAAGAAAAGAGCAGAGUAAAGAGCCGACAGAAAAUAAUCAAGCUAGAGUUAUGAGAGUUUCUCUAGGCACUUCAUUCAAUCUCAACCAACCUUGA